CGGAGGAGGAGGACACCAGCCUGACUGUGCUGGAGGGCCACAAGCUGCCGCCGGGCAUCCUGCACCACGGCAUGCCCACCGUGACAGACGUGCAGCCAGCCACCGUGCAGGGACAGCAGGCCGCCGACGCCGCUGCCGCCGCCGACGCCAAGAAGCCCGAACCACGGGAGCUGAGUGAGGAAGAGAAGCAGCUGCUGAUGAUGUCCCCCGACUUCGUCGAGUUCUUCACGCGCCAGGCGUGCGUGGUGGAGCGCGCACUGUGCGAGGAGUGGAACAUCUUCGCCGACUACAGUCGAAACUAUGACGACGAAGAAGCCAUGGACGAGAAGUCGGGCAUGCGGCUGAGUCUGAACCGCUGCUUCUGCGACGAGCGCUGGUCCAAGAACCGCACCGUCACCUCCAUGGACUGGUCGCCACAGUUUCCCGAGCUGCUCGUGGCCAGCUACAACAACAACGAGGAGGCGCCGCACGACCCGGACGGCGUGUGCCUGGUGUGGAACACCAAGUUCAAGAAGACGACGCCCGAGUACAUCUUCCACUGUCAGUCGCCGGUCAUGUGCGCCACGUUCGCCCGCUUCCACCCGAAUCUGAUCGUGGGCGGCACGUACUCGGGCCAGGUGGUGCUCUGGGACAACCGCACGCAGAAGCGCACGCCCGUGCAGCGCUCGCCGCUCUCGGCCGCCGCGCACACGCACCCGGUGUACUGCAUGCGCGUGGUCGGCACGCAGAACGCGCACAACCUGAUAUCGGUAUCGACAGACGGCAAGAUGUGCUCCUGGAGCCUGGACAUGCUCUCGCAGCCGCAGGAGACCAUGGAGCUUCAGUUCAAGCAGAGCAAGGCCGUGGCUGUGACGGCGCUGGCGUUCCCGCAGGCAGAGGUCAACAACUUUAUCAUCGGCAGUGAGGAGGGCAAUCUGUACACGGCGUGUCGCCACGGCAGCCGGGCCGGCAUCCAGGAGCUGUACGAGGGCCACUGUGGCCCCGUGACGGGCGUGAGUGCGCACACGGCGCCCGGCCCGCUCGACUUCGCCCACCUGUUCGUCAGCUCGUCCAUCGACUGGACCAUCAAGCUCUGGAGCGCCAAGGACUCGAAGCCGCUGUACUCGUUCGAGGACAACAGCGACUACGUGUACGACGUGGCGUGGUCGCCGCUGCACCCGGCGCUGUUCGCCGCCGUGGACGGCACCGGCCGGCUGGACGUGUGGCACCUCAACUCGGAGACGGAGGUGCCGGUGGCCAGCGCGCUGGUGGAGGGCGGCCCGGCGCUCAACCGGGUCUCGUGGACGCCGUCGGGCCUGCACAUCACGGCCGGCGACGAGCGCGGCCGCAUAUGGGUGUACGACGUGGGCGAGCAGCUGGCGCAGCCCCGGCCCGACGACUGGAGCCGGCUGGCGCACACGCUGCACGAGAUGCGCACCAACAACGCCGAGGACGAGUACGACCGCGCCAGUCUGGGCGCUCCCAGUCGCUAGCGAGGCCGCGGCCGCGGCCGCCAGCGUCUGCGUAGGGUUGUGAUGCGGAGCUGCUGUGGAGUGGACUGCGGUAUUUUUAUAGGUUUGAGACCCCGGUGUUCCCCCGACCGGCGACGAAGGCGACGAUUGGUGCUAUAGUUGCAGUGUGCUUGUUAAGUUUUCCGAUGUUUGUAUUUAUUUGGCGGCCGUCGUAGCUUGGGUCGUGGUGUAGUUUAUCUGUCUCUUGCAGAUCUGGCCCGGGGAGACGCUUUAAUGACUGACCAUCUGUGCAGCUUUUUUAACUGUGCCACCUGUCGCCAUGAAAUGGUUCGUCGGGCUUGGCGUCGGUUUUGACGCAUUCCGAGUCAGAUGCAACGGCAGUGGGCUGCGAGUCAUGCUCUGGGUACGUAUGCCAAUAUAAUAACUA